AAAAGCGUCACACGGAUAUGGUUUUCUGUGUACUGAACGUGAGUGGGUGGUAAGAAACCGCUAAUUUUCGUUGACGUAUUCAUCGCGCGAUUGAAACGUGACUUUUGAAUGUUCUAAACUAUUAGAUAUACAUACAUAUUUCCACAUAUAUUUGCGUGUUUAUAAACUCAUAAGUGCAUUUGUGUGUGAAAUUCAUUCACGUUUUACGCGAAAAUAAAAAGAAUUAUAAAAAGAUACAGUGUGCUGAACACUUUAUUAUGUUUAUUGACCGAACUGUGGGAGAUGUGCGUGUGCGUGGGAUUCCAUCGAAAAAGUGUUAAUAAAUCAGCCACUGAUUAAAAACAUACACUGUGCAAUGAAUUUCUUUUCGAAAUUCCAGCAAAUUUAAAAGAAAUAUUUUAGAUGCGUUUCCAAGUAAUACGAGUAUUAUCGCCAGCAUUCUGUGCACUUAAGUGUCAUAUUAUGUAAACAAUGUGUGAUUAUAAAAUAUAAAAAAAUAAUUGAUUUCAACGAAAAGUUUGUUAAACAAAAGAGUUGCACUACAAUUACUGCUAAGUGUUUGCGCGUCAGUGUAUUAGUGUGGCUACGUAGAACGCACAUGCAAAAUGCAACAACAACUACAAAAUUCAUCUUUGCCCAAACGUUGUUGUAACAGUCAAAAUGCUUGUUCAAAGCGUUUGAAUGGAGACAAAUACAGUUCCUCAUGCAACGAAAGUACGCAAAAUAGCACAACAAUACCAGCAACUAAUCUUCCACCAUUCAAACAAUUCCAAAAUUUGCUACAACGCUGCUAUUCGGUAUUAUUACUAAAGAACAAAACGACUUUUAGCCGUAUUUCUAAUCAUCUUUGCUCGCGAUCUAGUCAGCUGCGACCGCAGUACUUCGCGCUUCCGUCUGCGGCGGGUUAUCAACUAAGUUCAACGGCAGUUAUUAGGAAUAAAACUACAAUAACAACAAAGCGCAGUGUUAUCGCAAAUUGUAGUAUUUUCAGCAGUUGGACGCAACAACUAUAUACAAACAAUAAAAGUGCACGUCAACUGACACGUUGCCCAUCAUUGAUCCUACUUACUCUACUGCUAGUGUGGUUUUCGCAUUUAGUUGACAGCUCCUUUGCGGCACCACAAUCCUGUGUACACUGUGAUAUAAGUAACUUUAAAGAGAGAGCGCCUAAUAUGCAAGCGGCAUAUGAGGAAUAUCAUUUCGAACAUCAGGUGACGCGUUUGGAUGCAAUAACGGCGUUGAAGACGUUUAAUGUCAGCGAUUAUGGUGAACCCUCCGGUUGCGCUAUCAACUGCUCAGAUAAGGUCAUGAAAUAUUGUUUAGGACAACAAUUUAUCAACGAUCACUGUUGGUGUGAAUUGGGACACACGGAGGAGGGUCUGCCGUUUGUGCCACACAUUUGUUAUGUGGGUGAGAAGCUUUAUAAGGCUACCGUUGGCUCUUGCUUUUUCUACGAGCAGGUAAAAGAGUGCUGUUGUGCGCCGGUUUUGGCAAAACAAUGGCGAUACAUUUCGGUAGCUGCCCGACAAAUGAGCACUUGUUCCUUAUUGCUGCUGGCCGUUCUAUUAACAAUUUUAAACGUCGUAGGCAGGCACACUAUUAAUGUUUAGGAUAUAAAAUGCAAAGGAACAAGAAAUUGAAUGUGCUAACACAACAAUUAUACUCAGUGCAACAUGUUUCGGUGGCAUAAAAACGCAAAUCAACUCUUCAAAUAAUGUUCGUAGUGAUAUAUACAAAGUCAAUGUAACCGAAGAGGUCAUCAGUUCAUCAAUGUGCUGCUUAUUGUUUCUGAAAAUUACA